GAAACUCAUGAAUAUUAAUAUAGUAUCAGAGUUACAUCCGAUCCAAAAAAAUAAGAUCCGACAAAAAUCAUUACGACUACUUUUCUCUUCCCAAUUGAUUUUGAGAUAGAAAUCCUAUGAAUAUGGAUAAAUAAGUCCAAACCGAGAGUCAAAUAUCCUAUUUUUUAUUCUAUGUUUGUAUUGUUCCCUCUACCGUGAGCCACAGCCAAAUAUUUUACAUUUUAAAAUAUUUCCCAACAACGUCACUUCCUCCACUCCAUUAUUUCGCCGGCGAGGAUCUUCCCGAUCGACCUUCCAUGGCCGCCGACAAGAAGCUCCAUAUAGUAAUGUUCCCAUGGCUGGCUUUCGGCCACAUGAUUCCGUAUCUUCAGCUCUCCAAACUCAUCGCUCAAAAGGGCCACCACGUAUCCUUCGUUUCAACUCCCGCAAACAUCCGCCGUCUCCCAAAAAUUCAUCCCGAUUUAGCUCCUUUCAUCAACUUCAUCAACCUCCCUCUCCCUUCAGUCGAAAAUGUCCCUCAAAACGCAGAGGCCACCACCGACCUCCCUUACGACAAAGUUCAGUACCUCAAAAAGGCCUACGACCUCCUCAAACAACCCCUCACAGAGUUUCUUCGAUCUUCCGACGCCGAUUGGAUCUUGUAUGACUUCGCUCCCUAUUGG